AUCUUACAACAAACCGUUGGGGGAGGGGGCUAGAGGGAGCCCGCAGGUACGAGGCAGCCUCAGGUGAAGCCAUCAUGGGAAAUCACCAAAUUGAAUCAGUUCUUAGGAAGCGGCUAGUAAGGCCUUAUGGAAUUGGAGUUUGCCUUUGACCCCGGAAGUGAGGUCUUCCGCGUUCCUCCCUCUCCCAAGAUGGCAACAGCCGAAGACGAGUUACUGCUACCGCGGCUCCCCGAGCUGUUCGAAACCAGCAAGCAGCUUCUAGACGAAGUGGAAGUAGCGACUGAACCCACCGGUUCCCGCAUAAUCCAGGAUAAGGUGUCCAAGGGACUAGACCUCCUUAAGAAGGCUGCCGAAAUGUUAUCGCAGCUCGACUUGUUCAGCCGAAAUGAAGAUUUGGAAGAGAUUGCUUCCACUGACCUGAAGUACCUGAUGGUGCCAGCAUUUCAAGGAGCGCUCACCAUGAAACAAGUCAACCCCAGCAAGCGUCUAGAUCAUUUGGAGUGGGCUCGAGAACACUUUUUAAACUACCUAACUCAGUGCCAGUACUAUCAUGUGGCAGAGUUUGAGCUGCCCAAAACCAAGAACAACUCAACUGAUAAUAACACUGCUAGUUCCUCCAUGGCCUAUCCCAGCCUCGUUGCUAUGGCAUCUCAAAGACAGGCUAAAAUAGAGAGAUACAAGCAGAAGAAGGAGGUGGAGCAUAGGUUGUCUGCACUGAAAUCUGCUGUGGAAAGUGGUCAAGCAGAUGAUGAGCGUGUUCGUGAAUAUUACCUUCUUCACCUUCGAAGGUGGAUUGGUAUCAGCUUAGAAGAGAUUGAGAGCAUUGACCAGGAGAUAAAGAUCCUGAGAGAAAAAGACUCCUCAAAAGAGGAAUCAACUUCUUACUCCUCUCAUCAGGACCGGCCUCCAAUGAAACCCUUCGUUCUCACUCGGAAUGUGGCCCAAGCCAAAGUAUUUGGAGCAGGUUAUCCAAGUCUGGCAUCUAUGACGGUGAAUGACUGGUACGAUCAGCAUCAGAAAUAUGGAGUAUUACCAGAUCAGGGCGUAGCCAAGACAACACCAGAGCUCAAAAGAGGUACGCAGCAACAGGAAGAUCAGGAACAAAAGGAGGACGAGGAUGAUGAGCAAAUGCUCCACAGAGCUCGGGAGUGGGAUGACUGGAAGGACACCCAUCCUCGUGGCUACGGCAACCGACAGAACAUGGGUUAGUCUUCCCACAACAAGAUGGAACUACAGGGGCUCACAUCUUCCCUGCCAAGGAAAGCUGUGCAGUCUUCCCUGGGCUCCUGCUUCAGCUGUGUACAACGAGGGCAAAGAUGCUUAAUCUUGCUUUGCGUUCAAUAAAGUGUCAAGCAAUUAAGUGUGUGUUUGUACCCUAGGUGAUGAGCCAGCAAUCUUGUUUUGGCAUUCUUCUCCUCAUCAUGGCAUAUUCCAAUUUCUUAAGUGGAAAGAAAAAAGUACUGAGAAGUGGCUCUGUAUAAUCAAUGGCUGUAUGAAUUAUCUUAAAAAUAUAAUAAAAGUCCCUUCUAUUACAUGA